CGGAAGAACAUUGGCAUUAUUAUUAUUAUUAUUAUUAUUUUGGCAUUUCAAAUCUGACAGACGCGAGAAGAAGAAAAGAAGAUCACAGCCAUCCUGGUGGUUUCCAGAAGAGCUGUUUUAAGACAUGACCUGCGUGUGGUUUAGAGCAACCCUGCACCUCUGCCGCCUGCGGUUAGCGUCCGGUUGUGGAACACGCAGAAAAUAUGAUUGUGUGAAGAACGGGGCCCGUGAGCGCACGCUGUCGGCUUUGCGCGCGGUCGCCGGCGAUGAAGGCGUGUGCGUGGGUGCAGCACUACGGGAGCAGCACGGCAGAGAUGAGUCGGUGCACAGAUGUCGCCCCCCAGAUGUUGUGGUGUUUCCCCGCUGCGUGGAGGAAGUCAGUGCUCUGGCCAAAAUCUGUCAUCACCACCGACUACCCAUCAUCCCUUUUGGCACGGGAACAGGUCUGGAGGGAGGAGUGGGCGCUCUGAAGGGUGGAGUUUGCUUCAGUCUGAGGAAGAUGGACCAGGUGUUGGACCUCCACCAGGAGGACUUUGAUGUGACAGUGGAGCCAGGUGUCACUCGAAAAGGACUGAAUUCCUACCUGCGUGACACAGGGCUCUGGUUCCCUGUGGACCCAGGCGCUGACGCAUCUCUCUGUGGCAUGGCUGCCACCAGCGCGUCGGGCACUAACGCGGUCCGCUACGGUACCAUGCGUGAGAACGUCCUCAACCUGGAGGUGGUGCUGGCUGAUGGGACAGUUUUCUGCACAGCUGGCAGGGGGCGCCGUCCAAGGAAGACGUCAGCAGGCUACAACCUGACCAACCUGUUUGUGGGGUCAGAGGGCACCCUGGGGCUCCUAACCAAGGCCACGCUGCGCUUGUACGGCCUGCCGGAGAGCACAGUGUCUGCUGUGUGCUCCUUCCCCUCUGUGCAGGCAGCCGUGGACAGCACCGUGCAGGUGCUGCAAGCCGGGGUCCCCAUCGCCCGCAUCGAGUUCCUGGAUGAUGUGAUGAUUGAUGCCUGUAACCGCUUCAACUCCCUGUCAUACCCAAUAAUGCCCACCCUCUUCCUGGAAUUCCAUGGCAGCUCCAGGAGCCUGGAGGAACAGGUGACCAUCACAGAGGAGAUCACACGAGAGAACAGUGGUUCAGACUUUUCCUGGGCUGAGGAUGAGGAGACCCGUGCUCAGCUGUGGAAGGCUCGACACGACGCGUGGUACGCUGCGUUGGCACUGCGCCCAGGCUGCAAGGCGUACUCCACCGACGUGUGUGUGCCACUGUCUCGCCUACCUCAGAUCAUCGUGGAGACCAAACAGGAUCUGAUCACAAACAACCUCACAGGUCCUAUCGCGGGUCACGUGGGUGACGGGAACUUCCACUGUAUCAUGGUUCUGAACCCUGAAGACCCAGAGGAGGUGAAGAGAGUUCAUGAGUUCACCGAGAGGCUGGCCAGGAGGGCUCUGGCUAUGGAUGGCACCUGCACAGGUGAGCAUGGCGUGGGUCUGGGGAAAAGGGCCCUGCUGAGGGAGGAGCUUGGACCCCUGGCCAUGGAGGUCAUGCAGGGUCUGAAGGCCACACUGGACCCCAAGAACCUCAUGAAUCCUGGGAAGGUCCUGUAACCCAGUUUGGGCCCAACCCAGUCUAAAGGUCACCCUCAUCAGCUAUUCAGUGUUCUCAGCGACUUGGUUCAAACCUAGGGUCACUCUGAGAGGGUCAGAAGCCAUAACACACUCCAGCAGUGCUUCCUCAGAGCCUGUCACAUGUAUUGGUGGAAGCGUUUGAGAAAUACCUGUUCACGCUGAGCACUGAAUGUCCUGCAUCACGGUGUACACUGAGAUUUGUUUAUUUUUUAUCUUAGACGUCGGUGCAUAUUACACGAGUGUGUUUUUAAGCUGGGCUGUGAUUCUCCUAGCUGAAGUGGCUCGGUUGAACCAGGUCAGACACAUGACUCAGACACAUGAUAACAAA